AUGUCCCUGAACCGACUCCCCGCAGAGAUUCUGCUUUAUAUCUUCCGCUUGCUGGGUUCAGCCUUCUUCCGCCAGGAUCUUCAUCGCCUCCUCAUCUCUAAGUGGUGGUAUCAACUUGCUUGGCUAGUGUUCCUCCAAGAUCUCGACUUCUCCGCAGAAUCGCUUCAGAACUUUAUUAUCGCAUCCAAGAGGGAGGGCAUGAUUGGUUCGAUAGAGAACCAUGUCGUGACAGUCAGCCUUGGCCUUGAUGGCUUCGAGGACUGGCAUUCGGCACAAAAUGGCGCGGAACCAUCAGAGAUCGACUUCCACGUCGUCGAUACUCUAUAG